CAAAAGCAAACAUAAAAGUGGAUGUCUCACAGCCGUACCCUGGAGGUGCAGAGAGGGGUGGGCGACAGCCCGCCUUCAGGUAUUUGAAGGACUGUCCCACGUGAAGGGGGCAGAACAAAGAGAAGCUGAUUCAGACUCAGUGAAGGAAAAGGAAAGCCUUCCUGAGGGGCUGGAAAUGGAAAGGGACCUGGGGCCCCCGUUCUUCUCCUCUCACUGGAAGUCUCCCAGCGGACACUGGAUGAGAGGGACUUUGUCCACUGGGAACAAAGGUUUGUCUGCAUGGCCUCCCAGAGCCCUGCCAAGCCCCGGUUAGUCAUGAGGCACACUGCUGCACGAGCCUCACCUGCCUUAGAGGCCUCACGGUGACCAUGAGAGACCCCCCAGGGACCCACUUGGGAACGGUUGUUCUAAAAGGGCCCUUGUGCCAGCUGACAUGGGGAGCCCAAAAGCUGUUGCCUCUUCUCUGGUGACUUUUUUCCUGGGCUGUGCUUCUCCACACUUCCAUGAGGGAAAUGCCACAUCCCUUUUUAGUCUUGCAAAAUAAAACAGAAGUCGUUUUUUGUUUUGUUUUUUUCCUUUAUAUCAUGGGACCAGGCAGGUGCUUUCCCCCCUUCCCAGCAACAAUGACUGUUGGCCACUGAGCUGUCCACAAGGUGGACGUUGUUAAGUGGGAGGCCUCCAAGCUAGCCUGCUUCCUGUCAGUCUACCAGAGGGCAGGUGAAGGCUCCCCUGACCUCUCUCUCAGGAAGCGACAGAUUGGGAAAGCUGGGGCCGGCUCCGUGGCGGUGCUGAGUGUUUUCUCCUCUCUCUUCCCGAAGGCUGCUGAAGCUCGUGUGGAGGGCUCAGGACGGCCGAGUUCAGGCCACGUUGACAGAACUUGCUCCAAUUGGCCGUAUUUUGCUGCUCACUCCAUUUUCAUCUGUCCGAUUAGGAUCAUAGACUCGUAGACUUAGAGCUGGAAGGACCCUUAGAGACCAUUGAAUCCAACCCCUCCACCCAUUUUACAGAUGAGGAAACUGAAGCUCAGGAAAGUUAAGGGAUUCGUCCAGGCUCACGUAGCUAAGCCACCAGUCUGCUGCCAGUUAAAGGACCAAAAUGACUGACUCCAAGUAUUUCACCACCACCAAGAAAGGGGAGAUCUUUGAGCUGAAGGCAGAGCUCAACAGCGACAAGAAGGAAAAGAAGAAGGAGGCUGUGAAGAAAGUGAUUGCGUCCAUGACCGUGGGCAAAGAUGUCAGCGCCCUCUUCCCCGACGUGGUCAACUGCAUGCAGACCGACAACCUCGAGCUAAAGAAGCUGGUGUACCUGUACCUGAUGAAUUACGCCAAAAGCCAGCCAGACAUGGCCAUCAUGGCGGUCAACACCUUUGUGAAGGAUUGUGAGGAUCCCAACCCCCUGAUCCGGGCCCUGGCCGUGCGGACCAUGGGCUGCAUUCGCGUGGAUAAGAUUACUGAGUACCUGUGUGAGCCUCUUCGCAAGUGCCUGAAGGAUGAGGAUCCUUACGUCCGCAAGACGGCUGCGGUGUGCGUGGCCAAGCUGCAUGACAUCAAUGCCCAGCUGGUGGAGGACCAGGGCUUCCUGGACACCCUCAAGGACCUCAUCUCAGACUCCAACCCCAUGGUGGUGGCCAAUGCUGUGGCCGCCCUCUCAGAGAUAGCCGAGUCUCACCCAAGCAGCAACCUCUUGGACCUGAACCCACAGUCGAUCAACAAGCUGCUGACGGCCCUGAACGAGUGCACAGAGUGGGGCCAGAUCUUUAUCUUGGACUGCCUGGCCAGCUACAUGCCCAAGGAUGACCGGGAAGCCCAGAGCAUCUGCGAGCGUGUGACCCCCCGGCUCUCUCACGCCAACUCAGCGGUGGUGCUGUCAGCGGUGAAGGUGCUGAUGAAGUUCAUGGAGAUGCUGUCGAAGGACCUCGACUACUACGGCACGCUCCUCAAAAAGCUGGCGCCUCCCCUGGUCACCCUGCUGUCGGCCGAGCCGGAGCUGCAGUACGUGGCCCUGCGCAACAUCAACCUCAUCGUGCAGAAAAGGCCUGAGAUCUUGAAACAUGAGAUGAAGGUCUUCUUCGUCAAGUACAACGAUCCCAUCUAUGUGAAGCUAGAAAAACUGGACAUCAUGAUCCGCCUGGCCUCCCAAGCCAACAUUGCCCAGGUGCUGGCGGAGCUGAAGGAGUAUGCCACAGAAGUGGACGUGGACUUUGUGCGCAAGGCCGUCCGUGCCAUUGGCCGCUGUGCCAUCAAGGUGGAGCAAUCUGCAGAGCGCUGUGUGAGCACCCUGCUGGACCUGAUCCAGACCAAGGUCAACUAUGUGGUGCAGGAGGCCAUCGUGGUGAUCAAAGACAUCUUCCGAAAGUACCCCAACAAGUACGAGAGCGUGAUCGCUACCCUGUGCGAGAACCUGGACUCCUUGGAUGAGCCGGAGGCGCGGGCGGCCAUGAUCUGGAUCGUGGGCGAGUACGCGGAGCGCAUCGACAAUGCUGAUGAGCUCCUGGAGAGCUUCCUGGAAGGCUUCCAUGAUGAGAGCACCCAGGUUCAGCUGCAGCUGCUGACAGCCAUUGUGAAACUCUUCCUGAAGAAGCCAACAGAGACCCAGGAGCUGGUGCAGCAGGUCCUCAGCCUGGCCACCCAGGACUCAGAUAACCCUGACCUGCGGGACCGAGGCUACAUCUAUUGGCGCCUGCUCUCCACAGACCCCGUGGCGGCCAAGGAGGUGGUCCUGGCCGAGAAGCCGCUGAUCUCAGAGGAGACCGACCUCAUUGAGCCCACGCUCCUCGACGAGCUCAUCUGCUACAUCGGCACGCUAGCCUCAGUCUACCACAAGCCCCCCAGUGCCUUUGUGGAGGGCAGUCGGGGGGUAGUGCACAAGAGCCUGCCUCCACGCACGGGCUCGAGUGAGAGUGCCGAGAGCCCUGAGGCUGCCCCGACAGGCGCACCCCCUGGGGAGCAGCCGGCUGUCAUCCCUGCCCAAGGUGACCUCCUCGGAGACCUGCUCAACCUGGACCUGGGCCCCCCAGUCACCGGGCCCCCGCUGACCGCAGCCCCUGUCCAGAUGGGGGCCGUGGACCUGCUGGGGGGAGGCCUGGACAGCCUGAUGGGCGACGAGGCUGAAGGGAUGGGCGGCACAAACUUUGCUGCCCCUCCCGCAGGGACGAUGCCAGCCAACCUGGGUGCCCCCAUUGGCGGGGGCUUGGGUGACCUCUUUGACUUAACCAGCGGAGUGGGAUCGCUGUCAGGCUCCUACGUGGCCCCGAAAGCAGUCUGGCUGCCUGCCAUGAAAGCCAAAGGCCUUGAGAUCUCAGGGACUUUCACCCGCCAGGUGGGCUCCAUCUCCAUGGACCUCUUGCUAACCAACAAGGCCCUGCAGGUCAUGUCUGAUUUUGCCAUCCAGUUCAACCGCAACAGCUUUGGCCUGGCCCCUGCGGCUCCCCUCCAAGUCCACGCCCCUCUCAGUCCCAACCAGACGGUGGAGAUCUCCCUCCCUCUGAACACCGUGGGCUCUGUCAUGAAGAUGGACCCUUUGAACAACCUUCAGGUGGCCGUAAAGAACAACAUUGACGUCUUCUACUUCAGCACCUUGUACCCGCUGCACAUCCUCUUUGUGGAAGACGGCAAGAUGGAGCGGCAGAUGUUCCUGGCCACGUGGAAAGACAUUCCCAAUGAGAAUGAGGCCCAGUUCCAGAUCAAAGACUGCCCUCUCAAUGCAGAGGCCGUGAGUAGCAAACUGCAAGCCAGUAACAUCUUCACCAUUGCCAAGAGGAACGUGGAGGGCCAGGACAUGCUGUACCAGUCCUUGAAGCUCACCAACAGCAUCUGGGUCCUGGCCGAGCUGCGCGUCCAGCCUGGCAACCCCAACCUCACGCUGUCCCUGAAGUGCCGAGCCCCGGAGGUAUCUCAGCAUGUCUACCAGGCCUACGAGACCAUCCUCAAGAACUGAUGGUCCCCUCCCCUCCCCCUGCCCCUCCCGCCCCUCCUGCCCCAGGGCCAGGGGAGAGGAGGUGACUCCCUGCUGUUUCUCCAGCUGCAGGGGGCCCAGGGACACUGAGUCCGCUUAGGCCUCAGGCUUCCCAGGAAUGAGGGGGGGUGUAUCUGCGACGUGGGAUUGUGCCCCCUGCCACUGCAGAGAUUUAGUGGGGGAAUGAGAGUGGGGGGGCUGAGGUCAGGAAGCGUCAGGGCCAGCAUCUGGCCCUCCCAUCUCAGGUAGGAGCGUGUCAUUGGUCGGGCCCCAAACAGACCCCGGGAAGACCCUUUGUCUCUUGGGCUUUUUCUUGACUCUGUCUAUCAGAACCAGUGUCCAGGCCGCAUCCUCCCUGGUGGUGAUGUUAGCCCCCAGCUAGAUGGGUGGGUGUCGUGUUGUUAGGAAGGUGCUCCUCCAGCCCCCAGGCACUUGCUUCCCUGGGGGGAGCGGGGAGGUGGGGACAGGAGAGAGAGCCCUCUCUCAAUCCAAGACGGCAGCCCCAUAGCAUUUCCUCCUUCCCCAUGUUUGCUUUGGCUGAAACCUCCCACAGUUCAUCGGACUGGGCUCAAAGGGUCCCUGUGAGGCCCUAGAAGCCAGCCCUUGGACCACUGCUUGUCCCAUCCUCCUCCUCCCCUGUUUUCCUCAAAUCCCACCUUGGGUGCUCAUGGAAUUGGAAAUCCUCCCCAUCCCCCCACCGGAAGCUGCAGCGCCUGUCACCUGAGCCCUUCUUGGGGGGCAUCCCUCUGCAGGAGAAGCCCCCCGGCCAGCUCCUGCACAGCCAGGCCCCAGGAAGCUUCACCUGCCGGGUGUGGGGGUUGGUUUGUGUGUGUCUGGGGGUGGGGGGUGGCUGUGUCUGCUGCCCCCGUCCCCUGGGGUCGUGAGGCUUGGCCAGUGGCUCCUGCUGGAGCUGGGGUGUUUUUCCUGCUGUUUGUUAAUAAAGAUUUAUCGCUUUGGGCAACCCGUGACACUACGUUUUUUCUCCCCUGUCCUUCCCCCCUCCCCCCAAUAAAGACAGUUCAAAUAAAUUCUACCAGAAGGGUUGGUGGAAGUCACCAGCCCUUGCAGUAAAUAUAUCUAAUAUAUAUAAAUAAGAGGUAUAUAUAUUGUAUGUUUACUCAUGUUUUCAGAAAGAGAGAAACAAUAAAAGUGACAUCUUCCAUCA